AUGAACUCACUGGGCGAUCGAUUUCGGUGUGUUGUUGCCCUUCUCAGCGGCGAUGCGGGCAAUGACGACAACACCGCGGCGUACCACGUCGCCAUCGUCAUGCCGGCGACGGGUGCCGCGGCGCUUGAAGAGGAAGUUGCGGCAAACACCGUUGCCUUUGGAGCGGCGAACAAAAUGAAAAUUGUCGAUUGGGGAAGCGACACGGCGGCACUUCUCGCGGCGGCGCACAGGCCGGCGCUGGCACACGUCUCGCUGUUGCGCGCUGACGCCGUUGCGUUUGCCGACACACGGCAGCAACUGUUGGCGCAUCACGACCCCACGCUUCUCCUGCUGGAGCUCGCCUGCGAGAAGGCGAUGCCGUCUGCCGCGGAAUACACGGCGGGAGACGAGUGGAGUUGGAUCCGGCCUCCGUCGAGUUAUUUUGCCGAACUCACAGAAAGUGAGCGAGACGCGGCUGUUUGCAUUCCGGCGGUGAUGCGCUGCUCGUGCCCUCUAGUCCGUGCGACAGCGUCGUUGUUGUCACCGUCGUUGUGGAUGAACAGUGCCGUCACGCUGAAUGGGGUGCUGCGCGAGGUAGGCUACAAGGUCGGUUGCCUGUCGAAAUACGGAUCGUGA